AUGACUAAUUUAUUAAGUGAGAGAAGUCCUGUCAAAAUGCUUCCCGGCAAACGUUCUUUUGAAAAUGGCACUGGUGGCAGUCGUUUUCUACGUGGUUUGAAGCGGCCUAGGGUUUCCGCAAUUCGACAAUUUCCUCCUGGUUGUGGUCCAGCUGCUUCCAAGGUUCGCGAAGCAUUUAAUGAGGCGAGGAUUCUUGUCAAGACUUCGGAUGAAAGGACGGAAACCACACCGAGCAAGCCAAAUGCUGAAAUAUUACAAGAAGUUCCGGAGAAAAUUGAGUUGGUAAUGGGGAACCAGGAUUCUAUACCCAAGCAUAUUGAUAUAAUUUCUAAAAAGAAUCUGUCUCUGAAACCCCGAAAAGGAGUUACCGUCUUUCGGGAUUUUCCAAGAGGUUGUGGAAGAACCAACCUUGAUGUGUCUGCUAAACAUGAUGCUUUGACCAAUGAUGUUUCUGUGGAUGAGGAGCGAAGGAGGCUUCAAGCUGAGAAAGGAGAAAUGAAAAACGAUGUAGCCAAAAGUCCGGAAAACAAAAUUGGAUUUACUGGUGUCACGGUGUGCCCAUCGAUGAAUGAGUCUAUAACUGUGGCACAUGCAGAUGGUAGUAUUGUGCCUGCCACUGAUCAGUUGGGAGUAAAGACUACUGAAGAUUGCAUAGUCGCAACAGGUGGCACGACUGAUGAGUGCGGUUAUCAAAAGUGCAAUAUUAAUGGAUCGCAGCACUAUCUACUUUUGGAAGGCAUUGAUACAAAAACUAAGGCAUUGCCGGAUCAGGAACAAAAUGGUGCUCUUUUAGUGAAACAGUCAUAUGCUUUGACAAACAGCAGUCAUCAGGAAGCGUUAAGCCGCACGCAGGAGAUUCUGAAUCUGUUUGAACAGAUCCUCAAAGAGCGGUUGCUGGAGAUGCAACGCGAAAAGCCUAAAAGCAAAAACACUAUAUCAAAUCUUUAUACAAAUAUUGCAAUGGUACUCAAGAAACAAAAAAAGUGGAUUCAUAUGGAUCAAAAACUCUUGGGGGCUAUUCCUGGCGUUGAAGUUGGUGACCAGUUUCAUUUUAGGGCUGAACUUGUUAUUGUUGGAUUGCAUAAACAGUUUAGUGCCGGUAUAGAUUACAUGGAAAAGGAUGGCAAGAAGAUUGCCACGAGCAUAGUGUCCUCUGGUCGUUAUUCCAGUGGGAAAGAAUUUUCAGAUGUGCUGAUCUAUUCUGGUCAAGGGGGGAACCAAAUAAAGGGUGAGAAGAAUUUUAAAGACCAAGAACUUGUACGAGGUAACCUUGCCUUAAAGAAUAGCAUGGACGAAAAAACUCCAGUGAGGGUUAUCCUUGGUCGACGAUCAUGGAAAACCACCACAUUUACUUAUGAUGGUUUGUACUUUGUGAGCAAGUUUUGGCAAGAGAGAGCAGAAAAUGGAAAAUUGGUGUACAUGUUUCAACUGGAGAGAAUGCAUGGUCAGCCAAAAAUCAAGUCAAGUACAUUGCAAAGGUUUGUAAAAUCUAAAUCUCGCGAUGGUCUGGCAUUGAUGAAUGAUAUUUCUGAGGGAAAAGAGAAGAUAUCCAUCCGGGCUGUUAAUGAUGUAGAUAAUGAAAAACCUCCAAGUUUUAUUUACACAACCAAAAUGGUAUAUCCACGACUCGAUGAUAUUCUUGUGGAGACGAGUGGUUGCCACUGCAUUGAUGGUUGUUCGGAUGAUCUGCAAUGUUCGUGCAUCCUUAAGAACGGAGGCACAUUACCAUUCAACAAAAACGGAGCUCUCCUAGAAACGAAGCCAACAAGUAUUGUCCACGAGUGUGGUCCUUCGUGCAAAUGUCCCCCGUCUUGCAAGAACAGAGUAAGCCAACAUGGUAUAAAAUUCCAGUUAGAGAUCUUUAAGACGAAAUCAAAGGGAUGGGGUGUUCGGUCAAGAAAUUAUAUUUCAUCCGGAAGUUUCAUAUGCGAGUACAUUGGUGAGUUGCUAACCGAUAAAGAAGCCGAGGAAAGAAUCGAUUCGGAUGAGUAUUUGUUUGAUAUAGGAGAGGAAGAUGGCUUUGCAGUAGAUGCUGCGAAAAUCGGGAACAUUGGAAGAUUUGUGAAUCAUAGUUGCUCACCAAACUUGUAUGCUCAAGAUGUUCUUUAUGAUCACAAUGACAAGAUGAUGCCUCAUGUGAUGUUAUUCGCUACGCAAAACAUACGUCCUUUACAAGAGUUAACUUAUGACUAUAAUUACAAAAUUGGUCAAGUUCGUGACUCGAAUGGAAAUAUCAAGGAGAAGAAAUGUUAUUGUGGGACGGCGGAGUGCGAAGGGAGGAUGUAUUGA